AGACACUCUGCGCUCAGCUGACUUGGGUGACUGGAAGUCUGCAGGCUGUGAAAGAAUAUUGAAAUCAAAAUGUCUCAAAAAAUUAAUGGCGGCUCUGUGGUAGAGAUGCAAGGAGAUGAAAUGACACGAAUUAUUUGGGAACUGAUUAAACAAAAACUCAUUUUUCCUUAUGUGGAAUUGGACCUGCACAGCUAUGACUUAGGAAUAGAGAACCGUGAUGCCACCAAUGACCAGGUUACCAGAGAUGCUGCAGAAGCUAUAAAGAAGUACAAUGUGGGCAUCAAGUGUGCCACCAUCACCCCUGAUGAGAAGAGGGUUGAAGAGUUCAAGUUGAAGCAAAUGUGGAAAUCACCAAAUGGCACAAUCCGAAAUAUUCUGGGUGGCACUGUCUUCAGGGAAGCUAUCAUCUGUAAAAACAUCCCCCGACUUGUGAGUGGGUGGGUAAAACCCAUCAUCAUAGGCCGUCAUGCUUAUGGCGAUCAAUACAGAGCAACUGAUUUUGUUGUUCCUGGACCUGGGAAAGUAGAAAUAACUUAUACACCAAGUGAUGGAUCACCAGCAAAGACAUAUCUGGUACAUAAUUUUGAAGCUGGUGGUGGUGUUGCAAUGGGGAUGUACAACCAAGACAAGUCCAUUGAAGAGUUUGCUCAAAGUUCUUUCCAGAUGGCUCUAUCAAAGAGUUGGCCUUUGUAUCUGAGCACCAAGAACACUAUUCUGAAGAAAUAUGAUGGACGUUUUAAAGACAUCUUUCAGGAGAUUUAUGACAAGCAGUAUAAAUCCCAGUUUGAAGCCAAAAACAUUUGGUAUGAACAUAGACUCAUCGAUGACAUGGUGGCUCAAGCUAUGAAGUCAGAGGGAGGCUUCAUCUGGGCCUGUAAGAACUACGAUGGUGACGUGCAAUCGGACUCUGUAGCCCAAGGUUACGGCUCUCUUGGUAUGAUGACCAGCGUGCUUAUUUGCCCAGAUGGCAAGACGGUAGAAGCAGAAGCUGCCCAUGGCACUGUAACACGUCACUACCGCAUGUACCAGAAAGGACAGGAGACGUCCACCAAUCCCAUUGCUUCCAUUUUUGCCUGGACAAGAGGAUUAGCACACAGAGCUAAGCUUGAUAACAAUAAAGAACUCAGCUUCUUUGCAAAGGCUUUGGAAGACGUCUGUAUUGAGACUAUUGAGGCAGGCUUCAUGACCAAAGACUUGGCUGCUUGCAUUAAAGGUUUACCAAAUGUGCAGCGCUCAGACUAUUUGAAUACAUUUGAGUUCAUGGACAAACUUGGAGAGAACUUGAAGAUAAAACUGGCUCAGGCUAAACUUUAAGGUCAUUCUUCAAUUAGGAGGACUUGAGUAUUUUGAUAACUAGUGUUUACUUUUUUUCUUAUAUAACACUCAACAGUAAAGGAAAAAUCAAUUUUGUAAUUUUUUUAGAAGCCAGAGUUUAUCUUUUCUGUAUGUUUACAGUCUUUCUUAUGCAGACUGUCAUGUGGCAGGGGACUUAAAAUUUUCUUUUCUAAUUUUCUACUAAAACUUUAGGAAUUACUUUAGUGUGCAUUAAAACUCACUGUCACUUGUUCUCAUGUUCUGCUAUACUUGGCCAAAAUGAAGAGCGCUUGAAAGAGUCUAACUAGCCACAAUAUUAUUCUUGAACACAUGUAAAGUGGAAAGUUAUUCCCUUUCCCACUUUUGAUGGCCUGAAGCACUGGUGAUUGGAGCAUAACAAGAAUCACCUCAUGUGAAGUAGAACUGUACAUUCAACUUGCUCAUGAUUUGGAAUGAAGAACAUGUGUAUCACAUAGUAAUCACAUUUGAAAGAGCUGCUGUGGAAUGUUUCAAAAGUGCUAAAUGUUUCUGAGGCGACUGGAUAGUUUGAAAUCAAUAAAACUACCUGAGGGGUUGUUUUUUGUAUUUGUUCCUCCUUUGCCACCUGUGUAUUAUGCUACUUACUCUAAAUAGCGUAUUGUAUCCCAGUGCAAUAACAUAAACUGCACCUUUCUUUGGACUUCUAUUGACCUGUUUUAUUUCUUUUAUAUAAAUGUGAUUUGUUUUCAGAAGUUGAUUUGAAACACUAGUCCUAUUCUCCAUGUAAACUGUUAAUUUUAAUUAAAACUUCCUGCUGUUUAUGA